AUGAUCUUCGGAAAGUCGAACCUCUGCUGCAGCAGCAACGAGAAUGACGAGAAGGCCGAGGAGACCUGUGCUCCGGAGCCAGCGAAUUACCGGAGCUACAAGGAGCAAGUCCUUGCCGUGUCGCGGCCGCGGCUGCAGGAAGCUGCGAUGCACGCAGCUCGCCAAAGCGACGAGGCCAUUUUCGAGGUCGUCGAAGCCGCUGAUGUGGAGGAGCCCGGGUCGGGGUCGAUUUGCCAUGUGAGCGUUCUGGUGAAGGAGAGCAGCACCUACGUCCGAAUUGCCUGCGGCGUCGCGGCCGUGGCAUUGGUGCUUCUGUCGUCCCUGGGAACGCUGCUUUCCAUGGCUGAUCGGGACCUCACGAUCGAGGUGGUGCUGUCGCAGUGGGUGUGGCUGGUCUUCGCCUGGAUCUAUGCUGCGGUCAUCUGCCUGUCUGAGCUGAAACCGCAAUAUCCGACCUGCAGUGGGACCUACCAAGCGGGGAUUUACAAGGUGGCGCCAGCCAUGGCGUCCCAG